AUGUCAAGCGAUGAAGAGGAUUAUAUGAGCGAUGCCUUUUUGGCUAAGUUAGAAGAUGUCAAGCCGAGCUUAGUGACAAAUAAUUCCACAAAGCGUAGGAAUGAAAUUGAAUUAAGGCAACAAAAAGAAAAGCAAAAAUACAAACCGAUGCAUGUAGUACAAAAGGAAAAACUUAAAGAAGGACUCAACAAAGCAUUAACAUCCGAUAACAAGGGGUUCGCGCUUUUAUCAAAAAUGGGAUAUAAAGAAGGAACAAGUUUAGGCAAAACGCAACAGGCUAUAAAGGAACCGAUCAAAAUUAAAGUUCCAACAGAAGGUAGAUUAGGUCUGGGAACAGAAACGUUAAUUAAAGAGUCGAGAGAAAGGCAGUUGACGAGUUUAAAGCGUAAAAUCAAUGAAUCAAAUUUAUCAACAGAAGAAUAUCGUAAGCAAAUGCGUGAGAUGUCAGACAAGAAGCAAGUGCCAUUCGAUUUGCACAAGUUACAGAGAACUUGUCGAUUACUUGACAUGGACAGCAGAGUAAAUGCUCCUAUUCAUUCAUGGUUUUGGCCAGAAAUUAAAACCACCGAAGAAGAUCCAAUAGAAGAAGAAAGUGAAUCUACUGAAUUAAGUGAUGUCGAAAAAUUGGAAAUGCUGAGGAAAUUUCUUAGAAAUUCGUACUUUUAUUGUGAAUAUUGUAGUGAACAUUAUAAGGAUGCAAGUGACAUGAAAUCGAACUGCCCUGGACCCAAUAAAGAUGAUCAUUAA